AUGUUGUUUUUUUCAGUAGAAUUCCAUGCAUUGAGUGUUCGGGAUUCAGACGAUUUCUUGCUGACCUUCAACAACUUACUACCAAAGGUGUGCAGUGGUUUGUGUCAUGUGCGUUCUCUUAAACUAGACAAUCGCAGCGUUGCCAUUGUUGGUCUCCAUUGCUGUGGUGAUUUGCAGGCGGUAAUUUUUCGACUAAUGCAAAAAGUCCAUCGUGUCAAAAUGUGUCUCACAGUUGGCUGCUGCUACCAUAGGAUGACACCGAUCGAAGGUAGCACUCGUGUUCUCUCAAGCUGUUGUCACAAACAGACAAGAUGCAUAAGAAUGAGGCAAGAAUUAAAGAAUGAUAUCGAAGAGACGGGUUAG